CUAAAAUUGAAUAAGUACAUACUUAUUUGAUUAUUAACAAUGUCUAUGUCUCUCUGAAGCCAAACAGAUAUUUACAAUGAAAUAAUAAUGUUGAUAUUAUUAUUUCCAUAAAGUAAUACCUAUACCUACUAAUAAAUAAUGAUUUAAAUUAUAAAUUAUUUUUAUAAUCUUUUGUUGAAUUUCUUUUGUUAUUUUUGAGUAGGUAUCAAUCAACAUAAAGCAUCUAAUAUAAUAUAUAACUAAGAAAUAAAAAUAAAUCUGUUCAAGUUAUUACAAUAUAAUAUAAAUAACUUAUUAAAGUAUUGGAUAAUUUUUUAAUUUUUAAUUUUAAACAAAGUAACAAAAAUCGAUUACCAAUGUACCAAUGUGAAAUAAAAACUCAUGUCGAAAAAUGCGUUGUAUUUGCGUCGUUAUCCAGUGCAAAUGGUAGUCAUUGAGUGUGGGCGGUCCAGUAAAAAAUAUGUACACACACACAUCAUUGUCUCUAAUAAACAUGUAUUUGUUAAAACGGAAUACACCAUUUACAUUCCUCGCUCUUCUCAGAAUUUGAAGAAUGGAAUUGAUAAAUUAAAAACAAUACCAUCAGUUUGAUUAUUAUUAUUAUUUCAACAAACGAAUUCCUUAUAAUUUAUUAUUAUGACCGUACGCUGGCCAUCUUGUAGUAAAAUAUUUAAUAUAGCGUAUUCAAUGUUCAGAUGGACAUUGUUAAAUGUCUCUACAUAGUAUGGAAAAUAUUUGGCUAAAAUCAAAUGUAAUAAAGUAUAGGUAUCUAUGGUUUCUGAUUAAUUCAGCAAAUAUCACGUUUAAUUCAUAUUACAACAUUCUGGCGGUGUUUUCGCAUUGUUAGCGUUUAAUUUAAUACAUUGGUUUAACAAGGAUUAUUCUUACUAAUAAAACAAUAUUAAUGAGCAAUGGAAAACAAUUCGGUGGUUGAUCGCAAAAAUGUAAAUUUGGACGACUGGGCAGCUUUUGAGUUAUACUUGGAACGCAAAGGAGUAGUAUCAGCGAUAACAAAUGCACUGUAUUGUUUGUUCAACGAAAAUCCUUUGCCGAAAAAUGUUAAUCAGUUUAUAUACUGUAUCCUCGGAGGUGACACAGAACGUGAAAUGAAACGUCAGUUGAAAAAACUGAGGAGAAAAAUCGAAACGGUGUCUCGUGAAAUCGAAACGGUCACCGACGAAAUCGAACAUCUGUUACUCAUCCGGGACAAUGGCCUUAAGUUCAGCGUGUACAAGGAUUUCGUGGACAGGAAGUGCUCGGAAAAAUGAAAAACGUACCAAAGAAAAAUGUCGAAAACUGUGCACGCGCUGCCACCGUUGUUUCGUGCAGCACCCGCGCCCAUUAUUAUUAUUUUUACCAUUAUUAUUAUUGUAGCAAUCCGAAUCGACUUCCGAGACACUUGAAAAUAUAUUUAACGCGAUAGCAAACCAUAUUGUAUUCGUUUACCUCUCUCACAGUUUGUAUAAAUAUAAUACACUGAACGUGCUCACACACGUUAUAGUAAUAUUAUAAUAUACAUAAUAAAAAAUGAAAUACGGAGUUGUUGUCUCUACGCUUAACUCAUAAUGACGACUACACUAAAUAAAAAUUGUCUAUAGACUCUUGUAUAUUUCAAUGUAGGUCUAUAUUAUGUAUUCUCGGAGGCGACACGGCACGCGAAAUGAAACAUCAGUUGGAAAAACUAAAGAAAAAAAUGGAAACAGCGUCUCAUGAAAUGAAAACGGUCACCGACGAAAUCGAACAUCUGUUACUCAUCCGGGACAACGGCCUGAAGUUCAGCGUGUACAGAGAUUUCGUUGACAGGAAACGCGCCGAAAAAUGAAAAACGUACGAAAGGAAAAUAUCGAAAACUGUGCCACGCGCCGUUUCGUGCAGCACUCUGCGCCCAUUAUUAUUAUUAUAGCAAUCCGAAUCGACUUCCGAGACACUUCAAAAUAUAUUUAACGGAAUGGCAAACCAUAUUGUAUUCGUUUACCUCUCUCACAAUUUGUAAAUAUAAUACACCGAACGCGCUCGCACACAUUAUAGUAAUAUUAUAUUAUAUUAUAAUAUACAUACAUGGUAGAAAAUGAAAUACCUACGGAGUUGUCGGCGUAACAAAAAAACAAACUCGUUUGAAACACAAUAAUAAUAAUAAUAAUAUUAUUAUGAUGUAUUUUUUUGUGAGAGUGUUUAUCGGGAUACCGGAUAUGUAUAAUAAAUUUGCCGCGUGCCCUGUGUACACUCCGUGGCUUGAUAGCACGAACGACCGUGUGUACAAUGAAUGAUCGCCAUCAUAAAACAUGAUAUAGGAAUAUAUAAUAUAAGACAAGCCAUCUCUAGUGCGAAUUUCCACUCAAAUCAAAACGUUGUUGGACGGUUAUUUUUAAAAAUAAAAUAUAUAUAGCUUCAUACAUAAUAUAUUAUGUGUGUCGGUGUGGUCUGCGGUGGGUGAGUGGGUUGUUGCAGAACGAUCUAUUUUACUAUAUUUUAUUGCAAUCUCGUUGAAGCAGUUCUAGUCAGUUCGUGUAAUUCUCCGUCCAUCAUCUCGUUUGUGUUUACCAGUCGACGUGCGAGUCAAGUUCCAAGAUGUGUUUUUCAACGUACAAGCAGUAUUAUACGCGUUUUCUUCUCACCGUAUGUGCAUAUAAUAUAUUAUAAUAUACAAGAGAAAUGUCGCUGCGAGAUCUUUUUUUAAUUAGUGAGCGAUGGACAUUUGCGGACAUUUGUGUUAAUGACUAUCAAAACUGUACCUAUAUACAGUUUGAGAAAUUUCGCCGUAUACCGAGAAAAAAAUUGAUUUUAAAUUCAUAUCUAGCGUGUGUUUUUAAUAUUACUAGUUAACGGAAAUUUCUAUAACAACCUGGAUGGCGGGCUUAUGACGAUGUUUAAUCACAAAUAACGACAAUAGUAGGUAUACGUUCCGGAGAUUCAUAAACAUUUUCACACGCACCGAGUUGAGUAAACUAUUUCAAUUAAAACAAGUACCGUGAUAUUUCCAAGUUUAGAGUUUAUUAUUCCUGUUCAAAUUGCAAGCAUGUUUUUUUUAAAAUUCAAAAUUAUCAUCCACUGUGUCUACGUGCAUUUUGGUGGAUUUUAGACGCAUGUUUGGCUUAAAAACCUGCAACCUGAGACGUGGGGUUACUAUUGUCGUAAAACUCUUACAUAUGUAGUUGUAACUACUUGUAAGAAUUCAAAAUCAUAAUUGUACAGGGUAAUAUAUUAGUAAUAUUAUGUAAUAUGAUCAAAAUGUUAGUUUACCCGGUUCAUUGGAUAUAUAAUGUUUCCUGAAAAAAAAAACGAUACCGCCGACCAACUCUCAAAGUAUUAAAGGGAAUAAGUAUGUAAAUGUUCAAGCUUAGGUAAUGUACGUGGAUAAAAUCAUACAGUACACGCCAUAUAUUAUAUACAGCGUCGAAUAUAUAUAUAUAUAUAUAUACCACAUUACGUCUUAAUAUACAAUAGAUUAUUACUUAUCAGUUAUUAUAUAUUUUUCCUUUAAAUAUGUUACUUAAAUCGAAAUUUCGACAAAAUGUGGAAAUGUAUACGGGGUAAAUCCACCCAUACAAUUUACAUAUCAAGAUUAUGUUCCUUUGAACUUUAAUUCAGCAAUAGUAUAUAGGGAUAUUUAUAUUAUAUUAAUAUUAUGUGUGUAUCAUAAUUCACUAGUAGGUAGUGAUAAUGAUUAUUAAAAUAUUUCAUAUUAUUAUUGUGAUUAGUUGUUUGCAAUUUAUAACGGAAAAACGCAUAGCCUCAACUUCAAAGAUAACACAAUGUGGUUAUAAUAUAUGGUAAAGAAAGAAAGACAAGUUGAAUAUUAUGCGAUUUUGAAAAUAUUGGAAAACCAUGUACCUACUGCAGAACACUCGUUUUUCAUCCUGAACAUAAUUACGCGUUCGUCGAAACACGGUCGCGUAUAAUGUUAUACCAACGCGGUAUCAUUAAUUCCGUAUUAUGUUAAAUAUCGAUUGUAUAUAAUAUUGACGCCACGCGCAAAAACAACACUCUAUAAUAUACGUCAUUAUAAUAUAUUUCGGUAAAUGCUGUUUUGAUGAGCGAAGGGCAUUAAAAAUAAUCGCGUAUCGAAAAAUAUCGAAAUCCGAAAUAACAGGAAACACUGCAGUUUCGGCGCUGAAAAAAAUAACGACCUAUAUAGGUAUGUAGGUUGUACGCCGAAAAAAACGGUUCCACUCCUAACCGUAAUUUUUUCACCAUCAAACGGUGUAGGACCGGGAAUUUCACGACACGCACUCGCCACGAUAUAAAAUAUACACCAAAGUAAUAACGAGUAUAAUAUUAUAGGCAUUCUGAUAUUAAAAUGGCGAAAUCGUAUUAGGGGUGCAUUGGUUGUUACUUUGUAUAUAAAAGAGUUCGUAUUAGACGCUGGUCGGGGUGUUGUGCCAUCGCCGAAGUUAAAAUAAAAAUAUUAUGUUCCUACACUGCUACAACACGUCUGUGCAAAAUUCCACGAUAAAAAUUGUACCUCAUCGAACUAGGCAUCAGCAAAUGGCAGCUCACGGACAAAUCGUAUAUGGCCCCCUCAUAUGAAAAAAGAUUUUUUAUUGAAAUUAUUGUUUUUUAGAUUCUGAGCGGAGCGAUGAACGUUUUACGAUGGUGUUUAUUUUUUCAUAAUUUUGAUGGCCGUGAAACCUCCCCUAAAUUUUAACGCAGCUCACCAAAAUAUUUUGGUCGAUGGGCUGGUGGUCGUGGUCUAACUUAUGUUACGUUAUAAGACGCGUGAUAUUCGUUCAAAUCCGUGUAAUAUAUUCUCGCCAAUUAUAGUUUUAGAGUAUGAGUAUUGAUAUAGAGUAUCUGAGAUCGAUUAUUUGCAUAUAUUAUAUAUAUUUACAUAUAUAAUUGUUUUAAGCUAUUUUUUAAUCUCUGUGAGUGGUUGCAGUAGUUAGAAGUCAGUUACGUCCUGGUAAAUCGUACCAAUCAAACACCAUUUGCGUAUACAAUUACACGGUUGGAAGUUAUAACUGCAGCAAGAGUGCAUGCAAUAAGCAUAUUUUUUUUUGAAAAGAUUAAGUGACUAAUAAGGAGUUUUGACUACAAACAGAGAAAAGUUAGUUAUUUUGAGUUCUAGCAUUAUAAGAAUUUUAGAGUUCUCUAUGUUCAUUACCUUAGUAUCUUCAGAUACUAGAAUACUAUGAUAUACAGAUACUAUGCUGAUACCAUGGAACUAUAUCUUUUUUUUUAGUUUUUAACGAAUUUACCAUUAUAGAACUAUGCAAGUAGAAAAUAGUCAUAUUAUAGGCUAUGUUAUGCGUUAAAUCUUCUCACGAGUCAUGGUCCCUAUUAGGUCUUGAAUGAUCCCAAAUGAUUCAUAAAACGACAGUGAUGGUGUCGAUCGCAGCACACUUGUUGCCGAGUAAAUAUUAUAAAUUAUAAUGGUAUAUGUUUUGUGUAACAGUUACCGACAUCGUCGACUUGUCCCACGCAAAGAAAUAAUACCUACCUAUACCUAUCAAGUAAUAACCACCCCGGAAAACGACGUGGUACUAUUAUUUUUUGAUGUUAAAAAUCGUCGAUUUAAACCCUAAGCAUGUUUUAAAAACAACGGCGUUUGCGUUAUGCGCACGUGAACAAACAAUGCUUACGCAAUAUAUGCCGAGCACCGAUUCGGCUUACGACUGGUAACGACGACUGUGUUUUUAUUGUUCGAUUUUAGACGUCGUAUUCGUUUGAGGAUCACUGCCGUCGUAGGGGCUGGUCUGAUCAUUGAGAGUACGUAUUAAUGUGGCCGGUGUUUGUUUGAAACUGGUGGAACGAUCAUCAUGAAAAAGUAGAGCCCGGGAAGUAAAAUAAAAAAUAAUAAAACUGGGAUUUCACGCACAAUAGAUCGCUUGGAAUUUAUAUCCCAGGGUGUUUAAUGAAGUUUUUAAUUGAACCGCGCACACAUAAUAGUAAUAUACGUGGACCACCCGCAAUACUACAAUAAUAAUAAUAGUAAUAGUAAUAGUAAUACUAAUAGUAAUAUUCAAUAUGACAAGGGCAAACCGCGGCAGUGUAAAAAUUAAUUGCCAAACACCCCCGGUCGACCACUCGGAAAUCCUCCAUUUUACACUCUUCCCCGCCGCUCUGCCAUUCUCGCCGUUUCACAUAUUUUAUUUCUUGUCCAUCAAUCCCCUUUCCCACACGCAACUAUACUCACACACGCACACACACAUACGUCACCGCCGUCACCGUCAUAAUGGAUCCUUUAUAAAACUUGCUCAGGAAAAACGCAAACAACAACCUUUCUAUAGUAAUUAGCUCAAAACCCAUACGCGCGUUUAUAUACACACACGAGCGAUAACGACAAUAAGAAAAACGACCUUUAUAGUGCCGUGCGUAUAUAAUCGAUUUCAUCGUCAUCCUAAAUUCCCAACACUUUUCCCGUUGGAAAACUACCUAUAUUAUACAAGUAAAAAUUUCGAAUAAAAUAAAGUGCACGACUAAGUAACCCUCGGUAUGACUGCAGUAUCCUACACGCAGAGCCAACUAUAAUGUAAUAUAUAUUGGUAAUAACAGGUGGUAUAUAUACCAGUGUGUGGUUCACUCCUCACCGAUACCUUUUUACGACUGACGCGCGCGUAUUGGUCUUAUGAUCUGUACGCAGCGACGGUAAUAAUUUUAUGUACCUAUAUAUAUAUUAUACCUAGGUAAUCGGUAUAAGUACAUGUGGAGCUGCGGGUACGCCGUUCGCGGACAUAAUAAUAUACAUAGGUUGGGUUCCAUAAUAUUUUGUGAAAUGGUGACAUUAUAGUGUAAUAGUUAAAACGUUUCGCACGAGUUGAUUCCUUUGUGAACUUAACUGUAGCUGGUAUUGAAAUUCCAAUAAAGCUCCACUGAUAAUUGCUUUGCAAAUCUCUACGAACACUAUAAACACGUACUAUGUUCCUGUAAUUCCUGAAUUAAAUUCCAAACUUAAUUGAGGUACUAAAUGUUUACAGCUAAUACGACAUUUAUUGUUUUCUUGAUUUACCCACUCUAUUACCUAAUUGUUUUUAUUUUAGAUAAAACGAGUACUAUGAUAGACUAAACUACGAUAUUUUAAAUAUGAUUAGUAUUUUAACAACAUUUGAAAUAUGGAUUGUAGUGAAUUUUUUCAGAUUUACAAAGCGAUUUUAUUUAUAAAUUGCAUUG